AUGGAGAAGAGGAAAGGUGAUAAUCAUGCCAUUGAUCAGAAUGCAGGUCAGAGCAUCAUGCCCAGAAGAAAUACAGGAAACCUUAGCAAUUUGAAUGUAGAUAUGCAAGUCACCAAUCCACCAGAAGCAGCUACACUUUUUAAUUUACAUCAAGCACAGCAUUUUGGUGAGUUUGAAGACCCUUCAGAACAACACUGCAAGCAGGAUCUGUUCCCCAAGUGGCACUUGCCAAUGAAGAUAGCGUCUGUGAUGUCAUUAUUAACGUUUAUUUACACAUCUGUGAGAGAUGUUGUACAUCCUUUUAUAACCAGAAAGGAAAACGUUUUCUAUAAAAUUCCAAUCCUUGUCACGAACAAAGUUUUGCCAGUAGUUUCAAUUACCCUUUUAGCACUAGUGUAUUUACCAGGAAUAUUAGCUACUGGUUUCCAGCUGUAUUUUGGCACCAAGUAUAGAAGGUUUCCCCAGUGGUUGGAUAGAUGGAUGUUAUCAAGAAAGCAAUUUGGACUUCUCAGUUUCCUCUUCGCUGCAAUGCACGCCUGCUAUAGCCUGUGCUAUCCAAUGAGAAGAUCAUACAGAUACAAGCUGCUGAACUGGGCAUUCCAGCAGGUCAAACAAAAAAAAGAAAAUGCCUGGAUUGAACACGAUGUUUGGAGAAUGGAGAUUUAUGUAUCUCUAGGAAUUCUAGGACUUGCUUUGCUGGCUUUGUUGGCAAUAACAUCAAUCCCAUCUGUCAGUCACUCUUUGACCUGGAGAGAGUUCCACUACAUUCAGAGCAAGAUGGGAUAUUUAGCUCUGCUGCUCUGCACUCUUCAUGCACUGGUGUUUGCUUGGAAUAAGUGGGUUGAUGUUAACCAAUUUAUCUGGUAUACACCACCUUCAUUUAUGGUAGCAGUUUUUCUUCCUAUUGUAGUUCUGCUUUGUAAAUGCAUACUGCUCUUCCCAUGUUUUAGGAAGAGGAUAAAAAGGAUCAGAUGUGGUUGGGAAGGUAACUCACAAACAAAUCAAACCAGUAUGACUUCUAGACUGUAGAUGAAAUAUGGACAUUUCCUGCCUAUGUAUGUAAACAUGUGCAAAGUCAUGAAACAUUCAGUCAUUAUCUCCAUUUUCACAUUUUCUGUAGAUGCUUCCUUUUCACUUUUCAUUUUGACUUCAUGAGUAUGAGAUGUAUGAUGCAGUUUGGACUUUUCCUAAAACAGAAGGUGGAAACAUUAAUUUUACACUCUACUCAGUGUUCUGGUAUUUGAUCAUUUCUUUCUUGUGACUCAGUGCUUUUAAAACCUAAGGGCUUCAUUGCCUCAGUCAUAAUUCUUCUGUAGGCAAAAGGAAUCAUAAAUCGUUGCUCAAAAUGACCACAGAAAGGAAAGAAAUGAUGACACC